UUAUUAGCUCGUGAAUUUGCCGGUAUCAACCAUAAUACUAGUUAUACAUCUUAUUUCCUGGUAUUGUAGUAUUCCUCAAGAACAAUAUCCCUUAGUUUCUGCCUUAAUGUUUCAUCUGGUACGUCUUCUGUUCAGUUUAGCAAUGAUCAAAACCAUAAAACACGUUUCAUUUCAAAGUUAUAUAAUGGCACGAACCGGUACCUCUAAUGCAUCUAAUUGGUUAUUUGUUCGUAUUUGGAUGUGUGCGUGCUAAUACCUUUGUAAAUGAUUUGCAACGAAGGCUUUACUAUGAGUCUAUGAUAGAUUUGGACACAGUUAUAUUUCUUAUGGAAGUGAAUCAGAUGAAUGAAAGUGAGUGCAAGGAACUUGUAAAGGACGUUGUUUUGCCCAUGAGAAACUUUUUGGUCAACAUUUUUAGCAGAAAACGAGGCGGUUCGCGCCUAAUAGAUAAGAAAACUAGGGAUCGUGGGUGGACCGAUGACGAAGACGAGUCCGAUGAGACCAGGGGAAAAACGGAAUUGGAUACAAAGGAUAUCCAAACCAUUAAAAACAAUUUUAAGAACAACGAGAAGAAUAAAAAGGGAAAGAAAAACGACGACGGCAUGGACUUGGGUGAAACUCUAAUGGACAUACUGAGAGCAACAUCAAACUUCUCACUGAACGUAAAGACUAAAUAUGGCAAAAUAGACAAGAGCUUAGAAAAAAGAAAUAAGCUCUUUGAGUUCGAUCGAUCACAGAUAGCAAAAUCCUUGUUUAAUACCUCACAUCAGAAGCUCCUGAAGGAUGUUGAAACGUUCCUUCGCGAAAGUUCGGCAAGCGGUACGAAUCCCAAAAAAGAUGGCAUUCGCACGUUUCUUAGCAUCAAAGACGCGAAUAAAAAGGAUACGAAGUACUUUCAAAUGAUAGAGACCAUUGAAAAGGCUGUUACGGAGACAGAAAACAUUGUGAAGAUAAAGCAGCGCGAGGAAAACGAAUUUACGCUCGUUUUCGGGCAGCAGAUGAAACAGGAGGAGGUUAGAGUGCUUAAAAUGUCGUUUAACUUGGGCUCAACGUUUCUCACUCCCAGCAUAUACCUGAGCACUUCCAAGGCGUUAAUGAUACCCGAAAAAAGCGUGUUCAUAGAGAAAAUGACCAAUGCCAUGCUCAAACCGAUACUUACACUGACAAACACGAACUCAAUCGGAGCCGAUACGGAGAAGAAAGAGAGCAUACUGAACUUUCUGCGAGAUGUUGUGUCACGGGCAUCAUCAAAGUACACGGACGAAAUAGAUGGUGCCUUCAAGGCACGGAGUACGAUAUUAGACAAGUUCUUGCGCGAUGAUAAGGACGAGGUGAAGGAGCGAAAGAUGAUGCAGAUAGACACGGUUCUUGAGAAAAGAAACAAAGAACUGCUGGGCAAAGUGGAAUCUAUGAGAGCAGAGCACUUCAAGGACUUUCUUGUUCUCAACCAGGAGAUAAUCAAUGUUUAUAUUCGGUUUUUAAAUUCAAACAGUGCAAGUGAUAGAUCAAAAGUCAACGAAUAUUUCAAGUAAAUAGACAAAUUCUUCGUUUUGCCACCAAAUUUCUGUUACACUGCUGGCUGAGCUGCCACUAAAAAGGACAUUUUGUGCGGCUUGACAGCGAUUUUGGUGGCAGAACUGUCUAUGGACAGCUGUAGAAAGAAGGAUGUGACUGUUAAUCUGCAGGUGUUCCAACUUGGCAGUGCCUAAUUGCUGGAAUGAACUUAAGCGUAGAAAUAGGCAGCUAUAUAUUGAUUCUUUCAUUAAAAGCAUG